CUUAGAUAUUGCCUUCCCUAUUUCUUUCUCCUCCUUUCCAGAACUUUGAGGGUCACCGUGUUCCUAUCCCAGAUGCAAGAUUUGCCAACUGUGGUGCUCUUGUUUUGUUCCAUCUUUCUGUUUCUGUUUGUUUUGAGAACUGAAAGAGAGCAUCUUGGAACUUUGGCUCUCCACCAGAAACUUCAAAGUAGCCCAGAAUUUAAAUGGAAAGAUAUAUUUGAGAAGGCAAAGAAAAAUAGUUCUUUGGAUCUGCAGCCUCUCGCACCUUCAACAGCCACGCAACAUCCUUUGGAAAUUGUUUACUCUAAAGAUCUUAAUUUUCUUCUCAAAGAGCCAAAUAAAUGUCAGGAAAGGAACCCUUUUUUAGUCUUGCUGGUGGUAACAAAAUCUAAAUAUUUUGUUGCAAGACAGGCCAUCAAGCAUACAUGGAGAAAUGAGAACUCAGUAGAUUAUAUUUCCAUGGUCUGUCUUUUUCUCUCUGGUAACCACCAAGUCUUUGGAUCCUGGCUUCAAAGUCUUUUGGAUGAGGAAAGUUCCAUCCACAAAGAUAUUAUCCAGCAAAAUUUCCUGGACACUUACAACAACCUCACCCUAAAAACUCUAAUGGGCACGGAGUGGAUAAGCAAGUUCUGUCCCAAUGCCAUCUAUGUGAUGAAGGCAGAUACUGACAUCUUUCUCAAUGUGAACUAUAAGGUGUCACAACUAUUACAACCCCAUUUAACCCCAGACUAUAUGACAGGGUACAUUUAUCGGAACACAAAGCCACUGCCUAAUAAAGCAUUUAAAUGGUAUGUUCCCUGGGAGAUAUAUUCUAAUGACACUUACCCACUUUACACUGGUGGGCCUGGGUAUAUAUUUUCUGGAGAUCUGGUCCAAAAGAUCUACCAUGUUGCUCAUACCAUUAAGGUAAUUAACAUGGAAGGUUCCUUCAUGGGAAUCUGUUUGUAUGAACUGGGCAUCAAUGUGACAUACAGUCCCUGGGGCCUCUUCAAGAUGUAUAAAAUCAGCUAUGAGAAGUGCAAAUUCUCAAAGUUAGUGGUUGUACAUCACUUUGAGCCAGAGGAGUUGCUACAGAUUUGGCCUGACUUCCAGGAUGAAAAGAAAAUUUGCAAGAAUUAGAGAUGAAUUCUUUAAGAAUAUAUGCUGCCAUUUUGGAAUGCUAACAAUGUAUAGAUAACAUUUGCAGAUUUGUUUACAUUGGACAAGCAUAUGAGAUCACAGUUAAAUAUACAACUAACUGAAAAGCAAAGAUCUCGAUGGGAAGCUUCUGGGAGUUGUCAGAAGGUGGUGUAAUUUUUAUUCUACCUUUGUAAUCUCCAAAAUAUGUUUCUCCAAUUAAUAUCAGUUUACAGAUAGUCCUUGACUUACAAGUUCAUUUAGUGACUAUUUGAAGUUACAACAGUA